AUGACAGCGGGAACAGUUGUGAUCACUGGCGGAAUCCUAGCUGCGGUCAUCCUCCUCUCCAUCAUCGCCGUCCUGUGCUACUGUAGGCUCCAGUAUUACUGCUGCAAGAGGAGCGGAGAGGAGGAUGCAGAGGAGGAGGAGGAGGAGCACGACCUGCCCACCCCCUCCAGAGGCCCCCCCUGCAAUGCCUGCAGCGCCCGAGCCCUGGACGGCAGAGGCGGCCUGGCGCCCGUCACCAGCGAGCCCUGCGGCCCGCCGGGCGGGGUGGCAGCCGGCCACUGCGCCACCUGCUCCCCAUACAGCUCCCCCUUUUACAUCCGGACAGCCGACAUGGUGCCCAACGGGGGCGGGAGCGAGAGGUUCUCCUUCGCGCCCACAUAUUACAAGGAGGGGGGCCUCCCAUCCCUCCAGCUGGCAGCACCCCACAGUUACCCGGUGACGUGGCCGGGCUCUGGGCGUGAGGCUCUCACUAAUCCAAGGGCUAUUAGUACAGAAGUGUGA